AACCUUUGGAUCAUAUACAAAGAGCACGCCAGAGGACGCUAGAACUAGUACAGAUUUCGAGGUCAAACUUCCUUGCCUACAAGACUUCUUUGGCGAAGAUCAUUUGGAACGGUUCCAUCAUUGCUGAGGGAAUGUGUCUCAUGUGCUACCCACUUUCAGCAUUAAUAGUCAACUACCCGUUCAACUCUUAAACAACCUCGUCAAAUGAAUGACGAGACUUCCUGUUCAUCUACAUCUGAACAAUAUUUUCCAGACUCUCCUCCUAAACCCCAACUAUGGCGGGUUGCUUCAACGAGCCAUGGCGGAAGGACAUCCUGGCAAAAAUUCAAACCCGGAAUGCCCACGAAUCGGGCCCGUUUGCGGAUCUGAUUGCGGUUCAAAACCGAUUGAUAGAACAGACUGCUCACCUGCAAUUAGAGAACAAGCAAUUAGUCUUCCAGCAUCGGGAAGGGAUGGUCCGAGGAGGCGGGGAGGGAGGCGGAGGGGGUGGGAUGCCCUCCCACGAUGUGCAAGAGUUGAAACGGAAAUUAUACACCCUCCAGGAGGAGCUGACGGAGCUUCAUCGGAGAAAGGGAGAAAAUGCUCAGAUGGUGAUUGACAUGUCCACACAAGUGAAGGCCAAGGAUCUGGCCUUGAGUGAAAAGACGGCUCAAUUGCUGCAAUGUGAGGAGCAAUUGCAAUCCUUGAGACGACAAGUGGAUCAAAUGAGCGCCAACAUGGCCGAGUUGGAAGAGACGAAUCAGUUGCUCAAGGACGAGUAUCAAGCCCUGCAAUUGGCUCUGACCACGGCCGAGCGAAAACUGGUGCAAGUUCAAAAGGAGAAUGAUGCCAUGGUGGCCCAGGUCAUCGAUCUCAAAGAAAAAGACGUGGCUCGGAUGAACAUGGAGAACGACUUGUUCCAGGAGCGCCAACGAGAAAUCGUCCGGGAGGAGUUGGCUGAAGCCGCCCGAGAGAAUCGAAUCCAACCCGUGGUGGACAUGGAAGAGAAAGGUCAGAUGAUCGGAACUGAGACCCUUGAUUCGUUAGUAUGUCAUAUGGCCCGCAUUCCAACGCGGGCGUACCUGAACUGGAAUGCGCAUGAGAGUGGAAUCAAUGUCGUCAAAUGGAGCCCGCAUGGGUCGGUGCUAGUAACUGGAGGGGAAGAUCGAAAAAUCAAAAUUUGGGACGUGUCCAAGGGCAAUUACGAGAAUCGAGGCAUCCUGACUGGAAGUAGUGGGGCUAUUAUGUCCGUGGAUUUUGACGCCGCGGCCACGCUGCUCUUGGCGGGAUCCUUUGAUAACACGUGUAGGGUAUGGUGUAUGGAGAACAUGAGAUUGCGUCACACACUCACUGGUCAUAAUGGAAAAGUGUAUGCUGCCAAGUUCAUGGGCGACAAUGCAAAAGUUUGCAGCGGCAGUCACGACCGCACCAUUCGUGUGUGGGACCUGCGAUCUCGUGCUUGUACGAAGACCCUGAUUUGUGGAUCGUUGGUCAAUGAUUUGGCCUGCCAAGAUCAAGUCAUCAUAAGUGGUCAUUUUGACAAAAGCAUUCGGUUUUACGAUUGCCGCAUGGAUUCAUCCUUAACAAACUCCAUCGCUUUGAAUGACCGAGUUACGUCCGUGGAUCUUUCCAAGAGUGGACAGUACCUGUUGGCCAGCACCAGAGACGAUGUCUUAAGUGUAAUAGACCUGCGGGCCAUGGACAUGCCCGUUACGACAUUCCAAGCUGAUGAUUUCAGGGUGGGUUGUGACUUCACGCGAGCCGUUUUUAGCCCCGAUUCACAGUACGUGACCGUGGGAUCCAACGACGGUUCCGUGUUUAUUUGGAACAUAAAUAAUGCCACCAAAGUUGUCAAGAGACUGGUAGAACACUAGGCUAACGUGAUAUCCGUGGCAUGGCAACCCGCUGGUAAUGUUCUCGUCUCUGGAGACAAGGCCAAAAAGCUGAUCGUGUGGGCUGAUAUUUAAUCAAGAUAUCCUCCUUCUCUUUCUCUUUAAAUUCUCUUGGCCUUAUCCUUCAGUGUAGAUACUCAAAGGACUGAGUAUGUUAAUAUGUCUUACAAGGCACCGUCCCCCC